AUGGUCAGGGCAAAAAACCAUAAUACUCAUAGAAAAAAUGUGGAGAUUGAAAAUGAUACAUCAUCUUCUUCAUUGUCAUCAUCACCAGAUACUAAAACUAAUGAUAUGACUGUGGAUUCAAAUACUCAAGUUUUUUCUCGCUUAGAAGCGAAAGCACGUAAGCAAAUUUUAAAACAUGGACUUAAGCAAGUUUCCGGUGUUGUUCGUGUUACUCUUUCUCGCCCAAAAAAUAUUUUAAUCUUAAUCUGCAAUCCAGAAGUAUAUAAACAUCCAAAUUCUAAUACAUAUAUUGUAUUUGGACAAGUUAAAAUCGAAGAUAUUAGUUCUCAGGAACAGCUAAAUGCUGCACAACAAUUGGCACAUAGUACUAUUCAAAACACAAAAGAAUCUAUUAUAUCUUGUACAACUGCAAAUAGUAAAGAGGCUUCUUCUAUUGAAGAAGUUAUUGAUUUAGAUGAAACUGGAUUGCAGUCAAAAGAUAUCGAGUUAGUAAUGGAUCAAACCAAAGUAUCUCGUUCUCAAGCAAUUAAAGCAUUAAAAGAAAAUAAUGGCGAUAUUGUAAAUGCAAUUAUGUCGAUUGCAAUUUGAGAUUUUUAGCUAUAAAAUGUUCAAAUAUUUUGAAUUUUUUUCUAUAUUACUAUAUAAUAUGCA